AUGAUACGGCGCGAGCUUGCCAAGCGUAUAUGGUGGGCUCUGAUACUAUACGAAUGGCGUGAUAUUACCACGACCAUUCCUAGUGUAGCCUUGCUGGACUAUUUCAACACGCCCAUGCCAGGCAACUACAAUGAUGCUGAUUUACUCAGCGUACCAUUCCCAGCUCCCCAUCCGCGAGACGUCGUGACUGACAUGAGCUACAUGCUGUCAUUUAUUGAUCUAACACUCGUGUAUCGUGAGCAAGCAGAGAUUAUUUACCGGUUGGAAGUGAAGACGGGCAAAAAUUCAGUGACUCUUCCUCCCGAAACGAUUGAUUUGCUUGAUACAAAGUAUCGCACGGUACUUGAGAAUGCCCCUAUUUUGUCGCACUCUCCCGUCCGUCCAGAUCUGGAGGAAAUCGUUGAAGUGGAGCGUUGGGCUUUCCAGGUGGGGGCAUUUAACAAGAUGUUCCAACUUCAUCGCAAUUCUUUAAGCAAUCAAAACUCGCGGCGCUUAUGUGUCCAAAUGGCACGAAAAACGCUCUCACUGCAGAAAUCGAUUCGCGAAAAGUCGGAUUUGCCAGAUUUGCUCAUUAUGAGUGUAUUGCAAACGUUUAUGUCAACUGUGGUGUUAUGUUUGAACCUUCUAUACCUACCACCCCCUGCUUAUGAGCGAAGUGUAAUGCGGAGUGAAAUUCUCGAUGGACUACAAGCAAUGUACGAUGCAUCUCGUAAAUCCAACAUCGAUCCACGAGGUAUUCGCAUUGUCGAAGUGCUACUGGAAGAAGAGCAAGCACAAUGGGAUCUUAUUUCGCAGCCUGGAAAUGGCCAACACCUUCAAGGCAAAGGCCUCUCAUCCUAG